AUUUAUUUGUUUUGUACUUUGCAAACAACAUUUAAAAAUAAAAAAAAGUGAUGGUAUAUAUAUCUCGAUAUAUAUCGUGUAUAUCACUCCUGCGUACUAAAAUAUACAAUCUUUAGCUCAAUACACUCUUUAGCUUUGUGAGCAAAUGUCGAUGGCAAAAUAUGGACACUGUCAAACGUGAGAAUAAUCAAAAAUAAAUAUGUAACUGUCGCUAUCAAAUAUUUCGUAUUCGCAACGAAAUUAUACUGCGAGAGGAAGGUAUCGAUACUUUCUGCGAUAUCGGCGUUUUACUGGCUAUCUACUAUUCUACCAGAGACCACUAGACUGUACCCUGCACUGGACCGUGGAUACUAACGAAUGGCUGAUCUCCGUCAUCGCUUCUGUCAAGCGCACUGAUCGCCAUCGCUACGAGGAAACCAUGUAAAUGUCCGUCGGGCUGCGACAAAACGUGCGCAAAGUUUGACGUGAGGUGGUCGGAUACAAUACGCGUGCGAGGAACGGUUGCAGAAGUAGCAGGCAGCGGCGGUGUCACCACGAAAAUUCGGGACCACGCCGCGCAGGUGAUCCCGUUUUUCGUCGCGGCGGAAAAUAACGAGAUCGAAAUACAGCGUUAGUGGAGGCGAUAAAGGCGACGGGACGGCAGGGCUUGUCAUCGUCUGAAAUACAACGGAAAUCACGGGAGAAUCACGGGAGAAUCACGGGCGGAUGCGACGCUUGUCACACGGUGAUGCCGCCGCCGCCACCGCGAACUUUGUACAUGCGUCGCUUGUUUUGCACCGCUAGCUGCAAUCGAACAGAUUAUUUCUCUUACGUUCUAAUGGGCCGUGCUGAUAGAGCACGAGGGUGACACGGCUAUUCAGAGAUUACAGCGCAGAGAGAUAGAAUUACAUCCUUCGUACUCACCGUUUCUUCUGGGAUCACAUUUCUACGAAUACUGGAUUAAAAAUAUCGUUUUACUACGCUGACAACGCACACAAUCACUUGUGUUUUUAAGAGGAAGUUGCAGUUUUGUACGUGUUUACUGUCAUUGUGCCAGAGCAAUGUUUGUAAAUACUAUAUGGAACUUCCAAGUGCGAAGUAGAAUAUAAGGUUGUCCUUCACAUAGAUGAAUCAGAGAUAAGAUAAUUUUACAGGAUUAACUCAAAGCUUAUCUCCAACAUUUCCGCUGAAAGAUUACAUCUUAUUUACUUAUGAAGAAUAUAAUUUGCCAAGUGUAUUAUAGAAUAUAAUUUGUAAUUGAUGGACAUUUAAAAAAAUUUAGUUAUGGAGGAUAGCAUGAGUGUAAAGUCCAUGGAAUCAGUGGCGACAAGUGAUGAAUAUGAAUUUGUAAAUGAGAAAGGUACUAGCAAGCAACAACAAACUCUUUUGGAACCACCCAUGUUAAAAAUUGCUAAUAACGGCAAUCUGGAGGAUUUGCAAAAUAAUCUUCGUGAGAUUUUGACAGAGGACUCAAAAAUGGAAGCAGGUGAAUUCAAAGUAACAGGCGCUGUCACUCAACAAAACCAAGAAAAGACGAAAAAAGUGGGUCAUAGUAAAUUUUACGACGUUAGUUGUGUUGUUACAUCAGAGAAGCAGGAUAUUAUGAAACCUGAGGAUUAUCUUGAGGACGAAUUGAAUACACUGUCACACGUUCAACAAGAAUGCACUAUAUUCAAUGGUGUAACUUAUCUGGGAGCAGCUGCGAUAAAUGCACCAAAGUCAGAAUGUGAAAUACAACGUAAUAUGAAUAUAUUAAAUGCAGAGCAAUCUUUAAAUUUAGGAAUAAAAAUUUCCGUCUCAGUACCCAGUAGUUCACAAGGGUCAGUUAUUUUGUACGAUGCCGGGACACAACAAGCUAUUGCGCGUUAUGAAGUGCAGCGUAUUCUGUUUUAUGCACGUGGUGAAAGUACCGGUCCAUGUGCAGCAUGCUUUGCUUUUACGUGGUCACAUGGUGAUACCUUAGAAUCUGCCAUUUAUCAAUGUCAUGUUUUUCGCUGUGACAUACCAGAAGCGGUCGGACAAGUGUCAGCCUGCUUUUCAAAAGCGUUUCACAGAAUACCACGUUCGAUGACAAGUUCUUUGACGGGAAGUGACUUUAAUGGUUUCAAUGCUGGUAGUGAAAAAAUUAAUUCUAGAGUAUUUAUUUUUGAAGUCACCAUGGAAAUAAAAGAGGAAGAUGGAAAAGGUGGUUUCAGUACAGUACCUAAGGACAGAAAUUGUUUCAAAUUACGAAGUAACGUAGCAAAGCAAGUUUGUUUGAGCAUUCAGCAAGUGUCCAGUAAAGAAGGCGGCAUUACACUUGAGGUUGAGAGGUGUUUUGGAGUACUUGUUAGCCCCGGACGAAAUGUUAAGCACAGCGAUAUGCGACUACUCGAGAUGGUAAAGAGAGAUUCACACCAGCAAGUUAAUUUUAUGUCUAUAAUCAGCUCAGAUGUUCGCAAUAUUACAACAAUUUUGCAGCAAGUUAAUACUGGACCAAUAAUGCAAGAUAAACAGUGUUAUAAUAUUUGUGGACGCUGGGAUCCUGCGGAUCCCGCUUUGGAAACUCUUAAUAUAGAAACUCCUAGAGAAGGUAAAAUUUUCAUGACCGUCGCCGUUGAUCUUGUUAUCAGAGAUAUUCGUGAACCUGUAAGAUUUGUGAUAGAAACGUCGGUUAAAGUGUUUCCACAAAACGAGAGAUUUUGGUAUUUUAAUAAGAGAAAUCUCGUGCAACAGUUUUAUCUCAAUUCGAAAGAGGUAAUUUCUGGAGAUGGUUCGGAAGUACAUUAUGAAGUACAAAGUAUAGAAACAUCUGGCGAAUUAGAUAGAAACAGAUUGAAUCUUGCUCUGAAUUUGGCAUCUUUAAUUAGAUCACCAUCUUUAACUAGUAUCGACACACUUACGCCUAAAGAAGAAAUAGAUUCAGACGGAGACGAGCCCAUGUUAAGUGGUACAGGUGAAGUUUCAAAGGACUGCUCGGCGGAUGAAUUGGCUAGUUGGGCUGAAGUUUUAGAUAGUUGGCAAGUUAACGAGCAACGUCCAAAACUGCUUAUAAAACUUACGAAACAAGGAAUUCCCGAAGCUUUACGUGGCGAAGUUUGGCAACGUUUGAGUAACUGUGACAAUUCACAGGAGAUGAUGGACAAAUACAGAAUGUUGAUUACAAAGGAAAGCAGCUGUGAGAGCGUGAUUUUAAGGGAUAUUAACAGAACAUUUCCAGCCCAUGAUUUUUUUAAAGAAACUGGUGGUUUAGGACAAGACUCUUUAUACAGAAUAAGUAAAGCAUAUGCUGUCCAUGAUGAAGAAGUUGGAUAUUGUCAAGGCCUUAGUUUCUUAGUUGCUAGUCUGUUAUUACACAUGCCCGAAGAACAAGCGUUCUGUGUUCUGGUCAAAUUAAUGUACGAUUAUGGUCUUCGACAUUUAUAUAAGGACAGAUUUGACAACCUUUACAUGCGAUUUUACCAGUUGAAUCGUUUGAUAGAGGAUCAAUUACCAGAACUUUAUAAGCAUUUCUGUGAUCGCGGCGUGGAAACGCACAUGUUCGCCGCACAAUGGUUUCUAACUCUAUUUACUGCUAGAUUUCCACUAUAUCUCGUCUUUCAUAUCUUGGACGUAUUUCUUUUGCAAGGUCUCGACACAUUAUUCCAAGUCGCUCUCGCUUUGUUAAUGCUGUGUAAGAAGGAGUUAUUACAAUUAGAUUUUGAAAGUAUAUUGAAAUACUUUCGAGUGCAUUUACCAAAACGCUGCCGAAAUGAAGAAGUCGCACGCUACGUCAUGAAGUUAGCUUGUUCAGUGACAUUGAAGAAGCUGAAGAAGUAUGAAGCAGAAUUUAUGACGCUGAAAGAAGCGCAAGAAAAUGCCGACGAAUACAGUAACGAGGUGGAGCAGUUACGCGGCACAGUCGCCAGAAACGAAGAAGAAAAGCAGAGACUAGAAGCGGAGCUGUUGCAAAUUAAAGAGAUGUUACAACGUGAAGUAGCUCGGGCAGACGCCGAAAGCCGUAGAAGCAACGUCAUCAUAGCCGAAUAUAAGCAGAUCUGCCAGCGUUUGGAAGACGACUACAAUGCUGCAAAGACGACGUUGGGCGAAUUACGAGCAAAGGUUUCAAAAUGUGAGAAAUGUCGGACAUGUAUAAUGGAUUCGUCGAAUAUAUUGGCGGACAUUUCGCAUCCUUUAGAAAACCGGAUAGAUCCUAUGCUGCAUAGAGUUCAAGAGAGAGUGCGCGAACUGGAGUUAGAAUUGGCGCAGACGAAAUUGGCGCAUGUCGAAGCCGAAUGUCGGAAUCAGGUGAACGCUCACAAUGUGUCUCGCAUAACUAAGCUUUCAAGAAGAAAUCAAAAUACGCAAUGUAAUGUGAGUAUCGUUCGGCAGGACCUGACGCAUCGAUUACACGCUACUGCCUCCGAGCUGCAAGCCGCGCGAAACAGCUGGCCAUGGCUCAGUAAAACCUUGUCCAGCAUUAAAGAAGCGGCGAAUAAGAGGGAAGUUAUGACAUCAGCUGCACUGAGAGAUCUGAGGCGCGAUAGCGCACCCGGAAGCGAUUUGCACCAUUUAAUACAUUCUCGAAGCCGCGAAGCACGCGACAGUCUCAAGGAAGUUGUGUGAUGCGACAAAAUGCUGAUAGAAGAGGAAGAAGGCCCAUAUCUCGAAGACGCGUCACGUGCCAGGCAUAAAUACGUGAACGUAACGUAUGUUCGUAGUUACAUGUAAUAUACAGCUUGAUCUGUUAACAAAUCUCGAUAUUCUUUGCCACGGUUUCCACACACACAUCGCACAUCUAGUGCUUUCGAUUAGGUAGUUCUAUUUACACAUUAAUGAUAUUGAAAAAAAUUUCUAUUACGAUACAUUUUCUGUUAUAACGGUUUUAAAAGUAGAUUUAUUUCUGUGAUUCGUUUUUUGUUUCCUUUUUACGAAUGUAAGCGUUUGUAUCGAUAUUGUUUUAUAUAUAUUUUUUUUUUCCGUUUUCUUCCUUUCAUUUAGUAUACAAGGUAGUGUGCAAGCUAUGCUUGACAAAAGUCUACGAGACACUACGCGGAUUAUUAUUAAUAUAACGCGGACGCCGCACCAACCUAUCGGAAGUGAAUCACAUUGCAUACUGCAAACACGAUAAAUUAUUCACAAUAAUAGGAAAUGAAAUUAAGUAUGCGUGCCGCGUUUUGUAUGAAACUAGUCUAAGUAUGAAAGGGAGAAAAUGCUGUAGACUUCUACUAUGUAUAUACAGUGUUUUCAAAUGACAAAUGCGCGAUUGCGGAAAUCAGGAUAUUUAUAUUGUAAUGGACAACCAAGAAACUCGUUUCUUUCACUUUUCUAUUAAUUUUAUCUGGAUUAACGUGACAUUCCAAAAUAGUUUCAGUGCGUUUCGCAUUAUUCUAAUUUUUCUUCCGUACAAAUCGUACAUCCUUAUUGUUAUAAGUCUGCUAUUCUGCAAUACACAUAAUUUCAAUCGAAGUGAUCGACGAUAACGUAUAAUUAAUUCUCUUACUGAUCCACAAGUAGCGUUAGGUUUGAUAUUAAAAGCAUUCACUACUUUAAUUUUAUAUGUACUUUCGUCACUAAUAAACAUGCCGAACCAUGUUUAACAUUUUAACUCCUGUUCUACGUCAUGGGACAUUAAUCAUAAAAAACGUAGCAAAGUAGGCACGCAUGUAAAUUACACGAUAGAUACAAGAUACUCAGAAUCCUAUUUAGUUACAAUCUGCACUUGGUUUUGAUAAAGUCUGUAGCGAGACGAACACUACUAAGAGCCAUAGAUUAUGGUGUUAAGGCACUACUUAAAAACGCAAUUUCAUUGAUGUGUAACUUCGUCUAGUGUCAUAAGUGUUUCAAUAAUAAAUUUGCUAUAUAUCUAUAGCACAUCUUUGACUAUCAAACUUAGCUUCGUGAAUCGUGCCAUUUACGCACGAUGUGUGUUUAUUUUUACGGAUACAGACGGAAGUGUUAUAAAAAAUCAAAACUAUAUUAUACGCAAAGAAAUAUUAUUAGAACUGUCUCUAUUAUUGCGCCCUGUUGUUAUUAAUUACAAGCAGAUUCCUUUGUGCCAUUAAGUUGUACGAAAUUUAUUUCAAGCAGUUUACUUGAAUUUUAUAAUGGUUUUAUUUUUUUUUAUUGAAUCGUAUUUAUGAAGAUGCAUAAAUAAUAAUGAAUAAUAUGUACACGAUUGCAAGCAAAGUUUAUGGUCACAUUUGGCUUACGCUCUAGGAAAUAACCACCUGUAUUACUCAAAUAGAAGACUUUAUUUCUGUAAAUACGAAAAGCAAUCGAAAUCGUCUACUAACAGAAUCAUGUAAAGUCUUAGGGUAACGACGUAUAAACACUAUUGUAUACCCUGUAAUUUCAUUCCAAUGUUAUUGAAAUAAAGAAGGAUAUCGUAUCUCCAUGUAAAAUAUUUAAUAUUAAGGAAUUCGUAACUUUUAUGCCAUAUAAUAUGUACAUGUUUUCCUGUAAUAGGUAAAAAUAUAUUGAGAACAUUUGCCCAGA